UCAGAGAUUAGAAGAAGAAGAAGAGAUCGAGCAAUGGAGCUCUCGCGCAAGCUCUUCUCGGCCGUCCUCCUCGUCCUGUUGCUGCUCGUGGUCACAGAGGUUGGGCCGGUGGCGGAGGCGCGGACGUGCGAGUCGAAGAGCCACAAGUUCAAGGGCCCGUGCGUGCGCAGGGACAACUGCGCCAACGUCUGCAAGACGGAGGGCUUUCCGGGCGGCCGGUGCCGCGGCUUCCGCCGCCGCUGCUUCUGCACCACGCACUGCCAUUAACCUUGGUGCGUGAGCUGCGGCAGCGAGAUGACGCGGGAUUGAUGGUUGCGCAUGCCGUGAUGCAUGCGUUCUGGUGUUUCUGCGA